AGUGGUGUUGGGAUUCAAGCUGUCAAGUGCCUGAGACGGUUCAGCAAAUCAGCUGUAACUCAACGGAGGAGGCUUUCUGAGAAUUUUAAAGAAUAAUUAAAAUUGUCAUUUCAAGUAAACACCAUGAGAUACCCUUUUAUUUUUAUUUUGGCGGCGUACAUAGCCUUUGCGAAUGCCACCGAGUUAACGUUUGAAUUGCCCGAUAACGAGAAACAAUGCUUUUACGAGGACCUAGAACAAGGAGCAAAGUUUGAUAUAGACUUUCAGGUUAUUGCUGGAGGAAACUAUGAUGUUGACUGUUUUGUGACAGAUCCACUGAAUAAUCUGCUUUAUCAAGAACGAAAGAAGCAAUAUGACAGCUUUUCCCACACGACAACCAUGAAGGGAGUGUACACGGUCUGCUUCAGCAAUGAGUUCUCAACCUUCUCUCACAAAACUGUUUACCUGGACUUCAGAAUGGGAGAGGAUGACCAAUUAAUGCCCGACAUGAACCGAGGAGCAGCUCUCACACAGAUGGAGUCAACCUGCCUGUCUAUCCAUGAGAUCCUGAAGGUGGUUUCAGACUCUCAGACCUGGUAUCGUCUUCGGGAGGCUCAGGACCGUAUCAGGGCUGAAGACCUGAGUGAACGUGUGCACUUUUGGUCCAUUGGGGAGGCCAUCAUCCUGUUUGUGGUCUGUAUUGGCCAGGUGCUUAUGCUUAAGAGUUUUUUCAAGGAGAAGAAAACCAAUGUUGGCACCAGAACAUAG